AGUCAAUCAUAACUAUUAGGUUUGGCUUUCCAAGCUUGACAGCUGUCACUGUGCGCCGAGGUCAAGGGGAAAGAAGCAUGGCUGCGUUGUUUAGAGGGUCACGAAAUCUAUUAUUAAGGUGGAAUAAGCAUGUCGACCUUGUAUACGUGUCAGCGCGAUCAAUGGCCUCAAAAACACCAGUGGGGUUUAUUGGUCUGGGAAACAUGGGCAGUCCCAUGGCCAAGAACUUGUUAAAAAACGGAUAUCCUGUUAUUGCUACUGAUGUCUUCCCCGAGUCCCGCAAGGAACUGCAGGAACUAGGUGCUCAGGUAGUGGACUCCCCAGCAGAGGUGGCAGAGAAAGCAGACCGCAUCAUCACAAUGCUUCCAUCAAGUCCCAAUGUCAUAGAGGUCUACACAGGCCCAAAUGGCAUCCUCAAGAAGGUGAAGAAGGGUACACUGCUGAUUGACUCCUCCACCAUUGACCCUGCAGUCUCAAAAGAGAUGGCAGUCGCUGCAGAGAAGAUGGGUGCUGUGUUCAUGGAUGCCCCAGUGUCAGGAGGUGUUGGCGCUGCCAGCAUGGCCAAACUGACUUUCAUGGUUGGUGGAGUGGAGGAGGAAUAUAACGCUGCUCAGGAGCUGCUCACCUGCAUGGGAGCCAAUGUGGUCUACUGCGGACAGGUUGGCACUGGACAGGCAGCAAAGAUCUGCAACAACAUGCUACUGGCCAUCGGGAUGAUUGGGACAGCAGAGACCAUGAACCUUGGCAUUAGACUGGGUUUGGACCCAAAGCUGUUGGCAAAGAUCCUCAACAUGUCCUCAGGUCGUUGCUGGUCCAGCGACACGUACAACCCAGUCCCAGGAGUCAUGGAGGGAGUCCCCUCUGCCAACAACUACCAGGGCGGCUUUGGAACCACACUAAUGGCAAAGGAUCUUGGUUUGGCUCAAAACACUGCCACUAACACUAAGACACCCAUCCCUCUGGGUUCCCUUGCCCACCAGAUCUACCGAGUCAUGUGCUCCCGUGGCUACGCUAACAAGGACUUCUCAUCUGUCUUCCAAUUCCUACGUGAGGAGGAAGGACAGUGAAUGCUGGGGGAGCACAGUUGACUGUGUUUUUACCACACACACACACACACACACACACACGCACACACACACCCCUCUCAACCACACACCCCAGUGCCCCUUAUCCCACUAUGCUCAGGAGAGACGAAGGCCUUGCCCUCAGGCACAGAUCUGCGGUCCAAUUAACAUACUGUAUGUCGACACGUGUCCCCUCAUUGCAUUCGCUGAAUCAUAUUUUCAAUUCAUGGCUCUCCCUCUGCAUGUGAGGAAAAUGCUAAAACUGACCUUAGAUCAGUAUCAAGAGACAAAGCAACUCUCCUCCCAGUCUGGGCUGAUAGGCCAGAGUGGGGGAAAUGAGAGGUAGGAUGACGCAGGUUUACAUAUAACAAUGCAAAUAAUAUGUGGUUUUUCAGGAUGAUUGAUAAGUCAUAACUGCCAAAUGUCUUGGAUCUGACUCUGUUUAAUGAUAGAGGACAAAAAAGGUACAUUAGAAAGUCAUAGUGAUGGAAAUUUAUUUGAAAGACAGUGCAAGAGAGUGCAGAGUUUGGGUUAUAUUUUUGCUAAUUUAAAAAAAAUCCCAUAUUCACAGCACUACUUAUACGGUAACCAAACCUGGCCAUAGGCCCAAGUUUACUUGUUUUGUUACAUUUCUUUGUGGCAGGAAGGUGUCGUCAGUCAGUUGAGACUUCCUGCCAGGAUACAUUCUUGUUCAUUUCAUUAUUCAGUCAUCCAGUAUUUUUUUUUACCUUGUGAAUACACUAUACCCUAGAGUUGCAGUAGUUACAGUUCUUUGGUACUACAUUUACGUCUCACUGGAUCGACCAGUUCUGCUCUACUAUACUGUGAGAUAAAUAUCUGAUUAUUUUUGCACUGUGCACAUCGCGGUGCGAUGUGCCGGGCCAUUUUGAUACAGUUACAGAACUUCUUCUUACCUCUCUUCUCUACUGUCUACAUCUGCUUAUGGAGCCACUAGAGUAUUAUUUUGUGACCGACACUGUUUAAAUUUUAUACUGUUCACUACAAAAUGUUGUUCUCGCUGUCUACCCUCACAUAUUUCUCCUCUCUCUCUGUCUGUCUUUGUCUCUGUCUCUCCCAGCUUGUAUGACGUCUGUCAAAUGUCAGUGAGGAACGAUUCCUCCCUGCUCUGAGCAAAUGUACAUAAUGUAUAUUUCAUAUUGUUGUUUAGUAUUGAAGAGGAAUCUAAAAGAACGGUCACUUUUUCUUGUUUUUUUUUUUUUUUUUAGUAAAAUUCAUUAAUAGUGUCUGCAGUUUGUCUUUUCUCUGUGAAACAGAUCGUCAGUCAUGCUGUAGCCUAAAAUAAAAGAUGUUAUGUGUA